ACCUGGUAUAAAUAUGACGUCAGGACUAUGGCAAUAAUUGUUUAGUUCUCGUUCUGAUCGCAUCUUAGUCGCAUUAUUUGUAGGGUAUCGAGCUUAUUUUCUAUUGACAAAAUAGUCCUAAAUAGUGGUUGAUAAUGUCAGCAAAGAAAGGAAUUCUAGAGCGUCUUGAUGCCGGUGAAGUCAUCAUUGGUGACGGCGGAUUUACUUAUGGUCUUGAGAAGCGUGGCUACGUCAAGGCAGGCCAAUGGACACCAGAAUGUGUCGUUGAGAACCCAGAAGCGGUUCGUCAGCUUCACCGCGACUUCCUCCGUGCUGGCGCUGACGUCAUGCAAGCUUUCACAUUUUCCAUGCAGGAUGAUCCUGUAGAGAUUGAUGGCCGAUUAAUAACGUGGGAUGAGAUCAACGAGGAUGCCUGUAAACUAGCAGUCGAUGUGGCUAAAGAUAGUCCUUAUGCAGUGUCGUCGGGCUCCCUGUGUGAAACAGGCCGGGCGUUCAAGAGCGGUAAAGUAUCAAAAUCUGAAAUACAGCAGAAAUUCCAGCAGCAAGUGGAUAUCUUUAUGAAACAUGGCGUGGACUUUUUGAUUGCUGAGUAUAUAUCCCACGUCCAAGAAGCAGAAUGGAUGGUGGAGGUCAUGAAAGACAGCGGUGUCCCCACUGCUGUUACCAUGGCGAUCAGUAGUCAAGGUGACAGACAUGGCAUAUUACCCGCAGAGUGUGCUAUACGCCUUGCUCGAUCUGGUGCUGAUAUCAUUGGUGUUAACUGUCGGUUUGAUCCCGAGAUAAGUCUACAAACCAUGAAACUGAUGCAAGAAGCUGUGAAGAAAGAAGGUCUAAAAGUACAUUUUAUGGUCCAACCAGUUGGUUACUGGACACCAGAAGCUGGUCCAAAUGGUUUUACAAGUCUUCCUGAAUGCCCAYUUGCGUUAGAACCACGCAUGCUCACACGGUUUGACUGCCAAAAGUUUGCUCGUAAAGCGUACGACAUGGGAAUAAGGUACAUCGGAGGUUGUUGUGGAUUUGAACCCUACCAUAUACGAGCCUUGGCUGAAGAGCUGGCACCUGAACGAGGCCGUUUCCCAAUAGCAAGUGCCAAAAGUUCCCCCUGGGGAGAGGCCCUGAAAAGCCACUCUGAGCCACACGUGAGAGUGAAAACUAAUCGUGAAUUCUGGGAAAAUCUCCAACCUGCUUCUGGUCGACCUUACGCGCCUGCAUAUUCAGUGACUUCCGAUAGUUGGAAGACAAAAAAGAAUUACUGAAAUAAAAAGUUAAGAUAAG